AUGGGACUAAACAAGUAUGGGAAAGGUGACUGGAGGAGCAUAUCAAGGCACUAUGUUGUGACCAAGAACCCUACUCAAGUUGCUAGCCAUGCCCAAAAGUUCUUCAGGCGCCAGAACAGCUCCACGCCGCGCGAUCGGCGUCGCCCAAGCAUUCAUGACAUCCAGUCUGUCAACUCCACCUCACUCUCGCUGCCUCAGAGGCACAGAGUCCCCCCAAACCCCAAACCACCGGUUCCGGCCAUAUCCCAGCCUUUCAGCCUUACUCACAUGUACAACCCUAAUCCCAUGACUGGUGAACUGAGUCAGAGUGGCCGCGUUUUCCCACUAGGAUCCUCCACAUUCCCAAUUGUAAACUCUAUGGUGACCAACCAACCCUCCGGUGAAGACCAUCCAUCGUUCCGGCUUCCCUUUUUUCUCGGGAACCAAUCAUGGGGCUGA